AUGCCGGAGAAGACGAUUAUUACAUCGGAGACUUCAAAUUCGUCUCCGUUAAACCCUUCUUCUUCGCGGAUUAUCUGCCAUGUGUGUAACAAGCAGUUCUCUCAGUACACUUGUCCACGCUGCAACUUCCGUUACUGCUCUCUCCCUUGUUACAAAUCUCACAGCGUCCAGUGUACUGAAUCGUUCAUGAGAGAGAAUGUCGUUAAUGAGCUGCAGCAAGUUCGAUCCGACGAUCAAACCAAAACGAAGAUGCUCGAAAUUCUGAAACGGUUUCACUCUGAGGAGGAAGAAGAAGAUUGGGGAAUUGAUAGCAUGGAUGAUGAAGGUUCGGGUUUGACUCUACCAGAGGAGAUCAUCCAGAAGAUUCUCACCGGAGAUGAAGUCAAUCUCGAUGAUCUGAGCUUAGAAGAGAGAAUUGGCUUCCAAAGAGCCUUAGCGUCUGGAGAACUUAGCAAAUUGAUUGAGCCAUGGAAGCCUUGGUGGUUGCGACCUUCUGCGCGAACAAUAUCUCUCGGAAUCGGAGGUACACAACUCGUCCAAUGCGUUGCAGAAGAAGAAGAAGAGGAAGAGGAAGCUAAAAUGGUGAGCGAAAUCCCUAGAGGGCCUGAGACUCCUCUGAUGUCACUAAGCAAGCUUAGCUCAACGAAUCCAUCUCCUCUCUUACCACUCCAUUUGCUUGACAUUGUAUACAGUUACUGCUUCACGCUCCGUAUCUACAACGGAGAGUGGGAAUCUGAUUCUUUAGGCUCAGCGACGAUGGCACUGACUGUUUCGUCAGUAUUGGGUCAGACUUCACAACCUGAGACCAUCAAGGAAGUGAUGUCCUUUUGUUUGGAGCAGACGUGCUCUUCAGCUUAUAAAAACCUCGGCGGUGGACUGAAAUUCGGAUUGAAUCUGGUCGACGAUGUGGUUCAUUUGCUUUCUCUCGGCAACGCAGCUCUCGUAUGCCUGCUCUGUGAUCUCCAAAGGUUGAUUCAAUGUGCGAUACAGGAAGGUAAAUCAGCUGGGCGUGAUCUGAAGAAGAGACUAAAGUUUGCAGAGAGAAAAGUGUUCUUCAUGAUGUGUUGGGUCAAUGAGCAGACUCCGGAAGUGUGGUCAGCUCUGGAAUCAUCGGUGAUGGCAGAGAAGAACUCAAUGGUUGAGCUCAACGAUCACAAAGGGUUUCAAGACGUGAAGAAGAAGAGUCUUACCAGAAAAGGCGGUGUUGUGAUUGAGGAGAUAGAAUGA